CCGCCCCUCCUCCUUGCCAGCAGCGGUGGCUCACGGUGCCGGCGCAGCGAUGGCGCAGGCCGUGGAGCGCACUGACGAGCUAGUCCGCGAGUACCUGCUUUUCCGCGGCUUCACCCACACGCUGCGGCAGCUGGACGCCGAAAUCAAGGCGGACAAGGAGAAGGGGUUCCGGGUGGACAAGAUUGUGGAGCAGUUGCAGCAGUUAAUGCAGGUGUAUGACUUGCCUGCCCUUCGGGAUUAUUGGAGCUACCUGGAGCGGCGGCUCUUCAGCCGCUUGGAGGAUAUAUACAGACCUACCAUCAAUAAGCUGAAAACCAGCCUGUUCCGCUUUUAUCUCGUCUACACAAUCCAGACAAACAGAAACGACAAGGCCCAGGAGUUCUUUGCAAAGCAGGCCCCGGAGCUCCAGAACCAGGCCGAGUGGAAGGAUUGGUUUGUCCUUCCCUUCCUGCCAUCCCCAGACACCAACCCCACCUUUGCCACCUACUUUUCUCGACAGUGGGCUGACACCUUCAUUGUGUCCCUGCACAACUUCCUGAGUGUCCUGUUUCAGUGCAUGCCAGUUCCCGUGAUCCUGAACUUUGAUGCAGAGUGCCAGAGGACCAACCAAGUUCAAGAAGAGAAUGAAGUUCUGCGCCAGAAGCUUUUUGCAUUGCAAGCUGAGAUCCACCGGCUGAAGAAAGAGGAGCAACAGCCAGAAGAGGAAGAGGCCUUAGUCCAACACAAAUUGCCUCCCUAUGUCUCCAGCAUGGACCGCUUGGGGGACUCGGAACUAGCCAUGGUGUGCAGCCAGAGGAAUGCCUCCCUAUCCCAGUCACCUCGAGUGGGCUUCCUGUCCUCGCUGCUGCCACAGAGUAAGAAGAGCCCCUCAAGGUUGUCACCUGCCCAGGGUCCCCCUCAGGCUCAGAGCUCGGCCAAGAAAGAGGCGUUUGGCAGUCAGACCGCCAAGGGGAAGGAUGCAGCCUGCGGGCCCAAGGAUGGGAAGAGCGCCAGCAGCGGGCUGGCCACUGGGGAGUCCAGCUGGUCGCAGCACCGGCAGCGGCGCCUGCAGGAUCACGGCAAGGAAAGGAAGGAGCUCCUUUCUGUGACUGUGCAGUGUGCAGAGAAGAAGCCUGAAGCUGGUGGCCCCGAGACAGACUCCUGCCCCGAGCUCCACGUGGAGGCGCUGGACGCGCUGACCCGGGCCUCCACGGCAGGCCCCGAGGGUGGAGGGGUCUGCCCCGAGCAGCCGUUCAUCGUGCUGGGGCAGGAGGAGUAUGGGGAGCACCACUCGUCCAUCAUGCACUGCAGAGUGGACUGCUCCGGAAGGAGGGUGGCCAGCUUAGACAUAGACGGGGUCAUCAAGGUGUGGUCCUUCAAUCCCCUCAUGCAGACCAAAGCGUCCUCCAUUUCCAAGUCACCGCUGCUCUCUUUGGAGUGGGCCACCAAGCGGGACAGGCUGCUUCUGCUGGGCAGUGGUGUGGGGACAGUGCGCCUUUAUGACACGGAAGCCAAGAAGAAUCUCUGUGAAAUCAGCAUCGAUGACGACAUGCCCAGAAUCCUGUCCCUUGCCUGCAGCCCCAGUGGGGCCUCUUUCAUCUGUUCGGCGGCAGCUCCGAGCCUCACCUCCCAGGUGGACUUCUCGGCACCAGAUAUCGGCAGCAAAGGCGCUAACCAGGUCCCUGGCAGGCUGCUGCUGUGGGAUACGAAAAGCAUGAAGCAGCAGCUCCAGUUCUCCCUGGAUCCAGAACCCAUUGCCAUCAACUGCACAGCCUUCAAUCACAACGGGAACCUGCUGGUCACUGGAGCUGCUGACGGCAUCAUCCGGCUGUUUGAUAUGCAGCAGCACGAGUGUGCUAUGAGCUGGAAGGCUCACUGCGGGGAGGUCUACUCUGUGGAGUUCAGCUACGAUGAGAACACCGUGUACAGCAUCGGCGAGGAUGGGAAGUUCAUCCAGUGGAACAUCCACAAGAGUGGUCUGAAGGUGUCCGAGUACGGCCUCCCCGCGGAUGCCACCGGCCCCUUCGUGCUGUCUGGGUACAGCGGCUACAAGCAGGUUCAAGUGCCCCGGGGCCGACUCUUUGCUUUCGACUCAGAGGGAAACUACAUGCUGACGUGCUCUGCCACAGGGGGCGUCAUCUACAAGCUAAGUGAGGAUGAGAAGGUUCUGGAGAGCUGCUUGAGCCUGGGUGGCCACCGAGCACCUGUAGUCACUGUGGACUGGAGCACGGCCAUGGACUGUGGCACCUGCCUCACGGCCUCCAUGGAUGGCAAGAUCAAGCUGACCACCCUCCUGGCCCAUAAGCUCUGAUGGCACCUGCCCUAAGCGACACCCACAGAAGCAGUAUUAUCCUGGGGGUUGGAGGGAGGCAAGACAGGAAGACAGGAUGCUUCGCUUCCAGCUCCCUGCCUGUGCCGGCCAUCUUCAGGGGGAGACUGGCCAGAGGGCUCGGGUACUGUCCUGCUGCGGUGACUGGAGUGAGGGAGCCGUGGAGCAGCAGCACGUGUCCCCGGAGACCAGCGGGCAGAGGCACGCUGCAGACGGUGGGGUGCUCAGGAGUCAGGAGACGCAGGUGGCGGCUGCUCUGUUGGCCCAAGAGAGAUUGACAGUAUUUUGUAUAUUUUGCGCAUUUUCUUCUUUUUUUUUUAAAAAAAUGCUCUUGUGGCCACCUAG